CGUUUUGGUUAUGCACCUUACAAAAUCUAACGGCUCUCACCAUCGAUAAGUGUUUGUGCAACUCUAGCAAAAUGCAGCUGUUGAACGGAGCGUUACGUUGUCUUCAAGCGGUUCACGCUGCCAAACUCAAUGCCACCAAAUGCCUGGUCAGCACACAUCCUGCUACCCAAUGCCUUGGAUGCGUGGCCUUGCAGCAGCGACGCCACUAUGCCGAACAUGUCCCAGCUAUUGCCAUGGCCCACGAGCAAUUUGAUGGCCCGACACCAGACGCAACACGUCAGCCCCUUAUCACAAUGCACGGCCUGUUUGGGUCCAAGCAGAACUGGCGCAGCGUAAGCAAAGCGCUAGCCAAACAGACCAAUCGACGCGUUUAUACGGUGGAUUUGCGCAAUCAUGGCGACAGUCCUCACACCACCACACACAACUCGUUUGGCAUGACGGCGGAUCUGUUGGCGUUUACGCAGGCCAAGUCGCUGUCCAAGACGAGCCUGAUGGGCCACAGUAUGGGCGGACGAGCCGCCAUGCACUUUGCCUUGAGUCAUCCGGAAAUCUGCGAACGCUUGAUUGUUGUGGACGUAUCGCCCGUAGCCAUUCCCAGAACCGUCAAUGAAAUGAGUGGCAUAUUUAAUGCCAUGCUGGACAUUUCCCUGCCCGCAAAUGUAGCCCAGUCCAAGGGCCGUCAGAUUGCCAAAGAGGCGCUAUUGAAAACCGUAGACAGGGACACUGUCGAUUUCAUCCUACUCAAUCUGCGAAAGAAACCAGACACUGGCGAAUUCUAUUGGGCCUGCAAUGUGGAGGUGCUGCUCAAAAGCCUGCACGGUUUUUCGGACUACGGAUCGCAUAUAGCCAGCCUGCCGCCAUUCACGGGUCCCACAACCUUCAUUUGUGGCACCCAAUCAACCUUUAUGGAUCCCAACGAUUGGCCUCAGAUACUGAAAUUCUUUCCGAAUGCCACGCAGCAUUGGCUGGAGACGGGUCACUUGGUGCAUCUGGAGGAGCCGCAUAAGUUUAUACAGAUCGUGGCGGAGUUUUUAAAUAAGCCCUAAAACGCUUCGCCAGCCAAUCUUGUUUUAAUAGCCACAAUUCUCAUGCGUUCACAAAUCAGAGCGAGAUGGCAUAUUAAUUAUGUGUGUAAAUAAAUCAGUUGAACAAAUUGCAAUACCAAAUAAUAAAGUCAAAUACAUUUCAAAUGUAAAUUUAA